AGUGUCAUCUCAUUUUCCUAUUACGUUAUUGUCCCUUUAUCAAAGCAAAAUUUCUGAGAAAGAAACAAUAAAGGAGUCAUUUGAUACUCCUCUCUGUAUAAAUGGGAAUAACAAAAAGAAAAAGGAGUGAUAUUUGUAAUUCUUACUCAGAGAAAGAAAAUUUGGUCUGUGUUUCUGUCUUCGGUCUUCCAUGGUGGCACUGUUGCGCAUAAGAAGGACCAUCAUCACCUGCAAUAAUGCGCAUGGGUUUCUGUUAUCUCCUCAGUCUUCUCCAAAAUCCAAACUUUUCUCAGCAUUGCCGCUCCAACUCCAAUCCUUAGAGUGGGAACCUCUCACCAAAUCCCAACUCAAGACCCUCGUUCUCAACCAGUACGCCCAUGGAAGCUUCACCAACCUCAUCAAAAACGUCGUCGCUUCACCCCUCGUACUCUUCACCGCAUGCCAAAAUCUUGCAGCCGCUCCCUUACGACCGGCCUCGCUCCAGGGCCGCUUCAGCAUCGAGACCACGUCCCGGGAGCUCCGCGAAAACCGUUUCAACGUGGAAGCAUGUUGCGUCACACUAACGCCCUCCAGUAAAACUGCUUCUUCUUUGCCUUUGGUUUUGCCCAAUUUGAAGCUCAAAGUUGUGGUUGAGGCCAUUCGGAUGGUGUUGGAAAUCGUGUACGACGAACGCUUCGUCACAUUUUGCUACGGUGGCCGCGUCGGAAUGGGACGACACACUGCCAUAAGGUACUUGAAAAACUCCGUCGAGAACCCUAGUUGGUGGUUCACCGUGAGGUUCAAGCCUCACGGGUUUGAACAUUUCCAUGUGGAGAAGCUGUGUUCUGUUAUUGAACGCAAAGUGAAUGAUGUCGUUUUCAUUGAUUUGAUAAAGAGGUUGUUUCAAUGCAAGGCUUUGGUGAUUGAAUUGGGUGGGGAUUGGCUGGGAAGGGGGCUUCCUCAGGAAUGUGGNNUGUGUUCUAUUUUGAUGAAUGUUUACUUUGAUGGCUUUGAUAAAGAGAUUCAAGAGAUGCGNCUGCGGGAGAAUCGAGAGAAUCGGGAAUUGGAUCCNAAGAUGAUUGGUUCAGGUUUGGAUUCUGAUGUGUUUUACAAGCCUGUGAAGGUGUAUGCGGUGAGGUACUUGGAUGAGAUACUUGUUGCCACAUCAGGGUCGAAGAUGUUGGCCAUGGAGUUGAGGACGGCAGUNGUCAAGAGUUUGGAACUUGGUUUGGGUUUACGUGUUGAUAAGGUGAAUACUGCAAUUCAUAGCGCUGGGUCGGAGAAGAUUGUGUUUCUUGGGAUGGAGUUGCAAGCUGUUAGGCCUUCAGUUUUACGCCCACCUAUGUCAGAGAAAGCAAUCAGAGCACGAAAGAAGUACCUCAGGCAGAAAGAAGUUAGGGCUCUUGAAUUGAGAAAUGCCAGGGCUAGGAAUCGAAGGAAUUUGGGUUUAAAGAUAUUUAGUCAUGUUUAUAAAAAGAUCAAGCAGAGUGAUGGAUUUAAAUUUGAUUUUAGUAUUGAAAGCGAGGUCCGAGAUAUUUUUAGAUCUUGGGCUGAUGAAGUAGUUCAGGAGUUCUUGGGGAACAUAGACGAGUGUCAAGAAUGGCAUCGAAAUCUAUCUGCUGGUGAUUUUCUUAAGUUGAGACACAUCAGAAAUCAAUUGCCACCUGAACUUGUUGAUGCUUACGAUAAGUUUCAGGAGCAGGUUGAUAAACAUUUGAAUCCUACAAAAGCUAGGAAGGCGAUNGAGGAAGAGGAAAGAAGAGUAAAGGAAGAAGAAGAACAAAGUUAUUCCAAAGGAACAGUUGAGGAUUUGACAAGCCUCUGUAUGAAAGUUGAGGCACCAGANAUACUCAUAAGAAAGGCUGUGAAGUUGGUUGGGUUUACAAAUCAUAUGGGUCGACCAAGGCCAAUUGAAUUUCUGGUUGCACUUGAGGAUACUGAUAUUAUCAAGUGGUAUGCUGGCAUAGCAAGAAGGUGGCUCGAUUAUUUCUGCUGCUGCCACAACUUCAAGAUGGUCAAAACUGUUGUAUCUUAUCAUUUGAGGUUCUCUUGUAUCUUGACUUUAGCAGAGAAGCAUGAAUCCACCAAGCGUGAAGUGAUAAAACAUUUUAGCAAAGAUUUGAAGGUCUAUGAUAUGAAUGNAAAUUAUGAAGUGCAUUUUCCAACAGAAAGAGAGGUUAAGAUGAUGGGAGAUAGAAAUCUUUCUGAUCCAAAACCAGUCGAUGGGGCUUUAUCUUUGGCUGUAGUAAGGUUGGCAUCCGAUGAGCCUCCAUCACAAUGCAUUGCCCAUUUCUGUGACAAGACAACCACAAUCUUAUAUCGGGUCUAUUUGCUGCACAACAGAUUGAAUGUGAACUCAUCAGAGANAGAAAAANGGGUGNAAGGGAUGGGUGUAAUUCAUGAAAGCCUAAACCGUAAGUGCCUCCCUCUCUGCACCGAUCAUGUAAAUGAUUUGUACAUGGGGAGAAUCACACUUCAAGAUAUUGACUUUCCUUAUUGUGUGGAUGUGGACUGACUUUUGCUGCUAAUAUAUAUUUACUUCAGUUAGAAUCAAUGAUGAGUCCUUUAUACCUUCAUCAAUUUAAAAAGUUUUGGCAUGUUUGCAGUUUGUCCUUCGGUUAUUUUGAUUCAAUAUGUUUACCUCCUUAUGUGAUUCAAUUUGCAAGCAGUUCUUGUGGUGGUGAAUUGGUUUCAGCAUGUGUUUGGAGGAGAUAGAGUCUCUCAUAGGUUUGCAGCCGGAUUGGUGGGGGAAAUUGUGGAUUGGAUUGGUGGAAGGAACUGUGUUGAUGGUUAGUGUAACUGUAGGUGUGAUGACUGGUGUAGUUGACGUUGGAUUUGUGGGGCAAAACUGUUGUAGGCGAGUUGUGUUUAUCUUGUAGGAGUUUUCCUGACGAGAACUGUGUUUGUAGUGAUAAAAUUUUCAAACAGACAUUGAUUUUUGUGUCCACCAAACAUCAUGUAGAGUUUCUCAAUGUCUUGUUUCGCCAAGAGGGUACUGAGCUGUCUGUGUGUUACGGCGACAUGGAUCAGGAUGCUCUUAAAAUCCAUGUAUCCAGGUUUAGGUCUAGGAAGACCAUGUUGAUUGUCACCGACAUUGCGGCUCAUGGCGUUGACAUUCCAUUGCUUGAUAAUGUUAUCAAUUGGGACUUCCCCCAAGCCUAAAAUAUUUGUCCAUCGAGUUGGAAGGGCUGGUCGGACUGGUACUGCAUAUUCUUUUGUGACUCUUGAUGAUAUGGCCUACCUCUUGGAUCUUCAUUUGUUUCUUUCAAAACCCAUCAAACCUGCUCCCACUAAGAGGAGCUCUUGCAGGAUAUGGAUGGUGUAAUGUCUAGAUAUGACCAGGCAAUGGCAAAUAGAGAAACCAUUUAUUGUCGUUUGCCACAAAAAGUCAUUGACCUUUUUUCAGACAGUCAGGGAAGUUACUGAUACUUCUGCAGAACUGGAAUUGUUGCAAAGGACCUGUAAAAAUGCUUUUCGUUUAUAUUCAAAAACAAAACCCUUACCUGCCAAGGAGUCCAUCAAAAGAGUAAAGGAUUUGCCUCGUGAAGGGCUGCAUCCAAUGGUCAUGAAGGUGUUGGAAACGGGGGAGUUAAUAGCACUUGCAUUUUCUGAGCAUUUGAAGAAGUUUAGGCGAGUGUAAGAUUAUGUCAUGCAGGAAUCCUUUCUACUCGUAUUCUUUCUGUAGAUUCUACAGUUACAUUGCUUUAAUCACUCAAUUUCAGGCCAAAACAAACCAUUUUGGAAUCUGAAGGAGAAGCUGCUAAAUCAAAGCAUCAACAGGGCCCUUCCAGUGGGGCGAUGUGAUGAAAAGGAAAAGAGCCAUUCAUGAGAAUAUUAUAAAUUUGGUCCACGAAGAACAGCAAUCUAAGGAUAAUAAGGAAAAGAUAUGUGGCUACUGCUGAAAUUUGGAUUUGGACAAAUCAACCUUCAGUAGAAGGCUGCAUGAGUUCUCUCAUUUCCAGGAUUAAGAAUUUUCUGGGCAUUUGCAUGUAAAAUACCCAUAUAUUUGUUGUCUUCUUGAGAAAUUGGUAUUAUUGAAGUUUACUUGACUCUACGAAAUAUAUACGAAUCAAAACAUUGUUUAUGUUAUAGUCUUUGUUUUGAUGUUUAAUCAGAAUAAGGAUCAAGCUUAGUAAGCAUGUAGGUCUUGCUAUACUAUAUUGAGAUUACAUUGAAAAGCGUAUUCAUAGCCAUAAAUUGAAUUUACCUUAUUGUUUUAUAUCUCAGUCAAAGCUACAAACUUGUCAACUGUUCCUAUAUAACAUUUAAAACUCCUGAUCUCACUUUUGAAUCUGUCGCAUUUCUGUGUCAUGUUUCUCAACCUUCUAGUAGAUAGUUGUGUUGUAACUAUUGGUUGGUAAUGUCAAAGAUAAUGUAUUCUUGUAGGAUAUUUUUGUUUAAUGUAAAAACUAAACGUGAAACUUUAUGAAUUCUUGUUAUACAGGAUCUUACCAAAGAGGUCGUAGGAAUUUUAAAGGCAGCAUUCAAUGCCCAAUGCUCAUGUGCGUCCAGAAAUCAAAGAUAUGGAUCAAAUUCGAAAGGAAAGGCAGAAAAAGGCCAACAGGACUUCUUAUAUCAAAAGCAAGUCGAGAAAGGGUAAAAAGUUUGGUAAAAAUGGUAAAAGAAAAGGCAAAUAGAGUGUCUGAAGCUCCUAUAUAUUUAGUUAGUAAAGGAAAGGUGGCUUCUCAUUAAAGAAAGUUUAUAUUUUGGAGGGGUUUCUUGUUGUAUUCUUUUCUUGGUUCGCCAUCAAAAGCUUGUUUGUUCUAAUUCAAAGUUUUGAUUCUUAACACUUGUUUCUGUACAUGAAUCACACCUGUUCACUUCCUUUUA